AUGCCGGGAACCUCGCGCAUACCGGCCAGCUUAAGGGAAAGCUUCAACCAGGUUAAGAGGAGGCGCCCGACAAGUUUGGCUGCUGUCGUGAACCUUGACUUAUUUCGUAACAUCAUCUUUUUCUUCUUCGUCCUGCGAUGGACUCGACGCGCCUUCUGGCAGCUCAGGGGCCGCGGAAUAAUCGGAUCUCUCGUUGAACUUUACCGCAAUAUCGGUAGGAUAUUGUACGGCUACCUCCUCCGAGUCCCUGGCGUCCGCGGAAAGGUGGAAAAGCAAGUAGCCGAGGCCCUGGCCAAGACCGAAGCAAAAUUGAUACCCGCCGACCUACCGAAAUACCUCGCCCUACCGAAGGAUGGCUUGACCGACGAGGAGGUCAGGAAGGAGCUCGAGACGCUGGCAAACCUGGAUCACACAAAGUGGGAAGAGGGAUACGUAUCCGGUGCCGUGUAUCAUGGAGAGGAGGAGCUCACCAAGUUGCAAACGGAGGCGUUCGGCACAUUUACGGUCGCCAACCCGAUUCACCCCGACGUCUUCCCAGGCGUAAGAAAGAUGGAGGCGGAGAUUGUGGCCAUGGUGCUCUCGCUGUUCAACGCCCCUCCUGGUGCUGCGGGAACGACUACGGCUGGCGGUACUGAGAGCAUUCUUGUUUGCUGUCUUGCUGCGAGGCAGAAGGCUUAUGCCGAGAGGGGUAUUACGGAGCCAGAGAUGAUCAUCCCAGAGACUGCACACGUUGCCUUCCGAAAGGCAGGUGAUUAUUUCAAGAUCAAAGUUCACCGCGUGGCCUGUCCAGCCCCCGACUACCAGGUUGACAUCAAGGCAGUCCAACGCCUCAUCAAUCCCAAUACUGUCCUUCUUGUCGGUUCUGCACCUAACUACCCCCACGGUAUCAUUGACGACUUUGCAGCUCUCUCGAGGCUUGCUCUUAAGCGCAAGAUCUGGCUCCACGUCGACUGCUGCCUCGGUUCGUUCGUCAUGCCUUACCUAGAGAAGGCCGGUUUCGAAUCCCAGCCCUUUGACUUCCGACUCAAGGGCGUGUCAAGCAUUAGCUGCGACACCCACAAGUACGGCUUCGCGCCCAAGGGCAACUCCACGGCGCUGUACCGCUCGGCCGAGCACCGAUCCUACCAGUACUACGUCUCACCAGACUGGCCGGGCGGUGUCUACGCAUCCCCGGGUAUAGCCGGAUCGCGACCCGGCGCCCUCAUCGCGGGCUGCUGGGCUAGUCUUGUCAAGAUGGGCCAGAACGGCUACCUCGACGCGUGUGUCAAGAUUGUCGGUACGGCCAAGAGCAUUGCCCAGAAGAUUCACGAAACGCCCUCCCUCGACAGCGAGCUCGAGAUCCUCGGCCGGCCCCUCGUCUCUGUCGUGGCUUUCACCUCGAAGAACCUGGACAUUUACGACAUCUACGACGGCAUGACGGCCAAGGGGUGGCAUCUCAAUGCUCUCCAGGACCCACCGGCCAUCCACGUUGCCGUUACGAUGCCCAUCACCAAGGUAUGGGAGAAGCUCAUGUCGGACCUUGAGGCCGUCGUCGAGGCCGAGAGGGAGAAGGAAAGGGCGAGGAUCGCGCAGGGCAAGGGCGCGAAGAAGACGGUGGGCGAUUCUGCGGCCCUUUACGGAGUUGCGGGCUCGUUGCCAAACAAGAGUGUCGUCGUGAAUUUGGCGACGGGUUUCCUCGAUUUGCUGUACAAAACAUGA